AUGUGCCCCACUAAGACUCCCAUCCGCGUCGGCGUCCUCUACGAAGAAACUCAAAUGACCGACCUUGCGGGCCUUGACCUCCUCGGCAACUUGACUCCCCAAACCAUCAAUCUGAUCGCAGCUAUGAAUCCGCAGUUCGCUUCCAUGGUGCCCCAUGCCAUCCCCAUGGACUUUCUCUAUAUUUCUUCCUCCAUGGAUUCCGCCCAUGUCACACCAGACAUGUACGUGCGUCCCACGCACACCUAUGCGACUGCUCCACGCGAUCUCGAUAUCCUGCUCCUCGGUGGCCCAAACCCAGCUACUGUCAAAGAAGAGAGCCUGUCGUUCUUGAAGGAGGCAAGUAAGCAGACCAAAGUCAUUCUAACGACAUGUACGGGAGCCAUGUGGUUGGCAAGGAGUGGGGUGUUGCAGGGGAAGAAAGCUACUACAAAUAGGGUCAUGUUGGACGUGGCGAGCAAGAUGUUUCCGGGUACGGAGUGGGUAGAUCGCAGGUGGGUCGUUGAUAGGGGUUGCUUCGAUGGUGCGGAGAUUUGGACCGCCGGUGGUGCUGGGUGUGGUGAGUCCUCCCAAAAUGUGAAUCUGAUAGAGCUUAACUUCGAUAAGAAAAUGGUCGAGUUUGGAUGUGUCGGAUUGGAUUUCGACUACGAGGGGCGUUCCGAGUUUUACAAGGGAAAGCUGCCUGACAUGACCAUGUCUUAG